GAAUUACCCAAUUCGCGCCUUCAACAACCGAACGCAGCCAUUAGAGCUCUAAACAACACACAGGCUUCCAUCUGGCGCAUCCUCAAGCAAGCAAAAUGGAACAACAAGAAGGACAACAAGCCGAGUACUGGACAUUUCCGACCGACCCCGGAGAGUUUGACAAAGACGAGCGCAUCUCCUUCUCUAAGCUCGACAACAAAUACAUCGCGGUCCAAGACGAUGGCACCGAAUACGAGUUCGACGAGGGUCUCAAGCGCUGGCUUCCCAUCAUCGACGAAGCCUUAAUCGAAGAACACCAGAGGGCAUACAUAACAUCACUCGGAGACGACGAUACAGAGACAGGCCAAUUGGGCAAAGGACAAGGCAAGAAGAGAAAGAACGACGACCGAGAGGACUCCGCUAGCAGUAACCACAACAUGAACGCCCGUCCAUCGAAGAACCGGAAGCGUGAGAAAGCGCCACGGGAGCCCAAGCAGAACACAGCCGUCUACGUGACUGGUCUUCCGCUCGAUGCGACGGCUGACGAGGUCGCCGAGCUCUUCUCGCGUAAAUGCGGCGUCAUUGCCGAGGAGAUCGACAGCGGCCGCCCGCGCAUCAAGAUGUACACGGACGCCAACGGAAACUUCAAAGGGGACGCCUUGAUCGUCUUCUUCAAGCCGCAGUCGGUCGAGAUGGCCAUUAUGCUCCUGGAUGACACCGACUUCCGCUUUGAGCCUGCUCCGGAUGGCAGCAGAAUGCGCGUCCAGGCGGCGGAUAUGAGCUACAAAAAGACCAAAUACGACGCAGCAGCAGGCGCGGAGAACGGCGGUGGUGACAAGGCAGGCAAUGGUGGCGCAGAGGGAGAAGGCUCGUCCUCUUCGACCCCCUACAACAACAUCACCAACCCCAACCCCGUUUCCAGCGACGGUGGCGGUAACGGUCAUAACCAACGCAGCCAACAAGACAAAGCCAAAAUCAUCAAAAAGACCCAAAAGCUCUCCGCCAAGCUCGCCGACUGGGACGACGACGAGCCCUCCCCUUCUGCCCGCCUUCUGGGGCCCGCGAUCAAGGAAGCAAAGGGAGGCAAGUGGGACAAGGUCGUGAUCCUGCGACACAUGUUCACGCUGGAGGAGCUCAACGAGGACCCGGCUGCUCUGCUGGAGAUCAAGGACGACAUCCGGGAGGAAUGUGCCAAGCUGGGGCCCGUGACUAACGUGGUGCUGUUUGAUGAGGAAGAGGAAGGGAUUGUGAGCGUCAAGUUCGCGACAGUGGAGGCGGCAGAGGCGUGCGUGCAUUUGAUGCAUGGACGGGCAUUUGAUGGAAGGAUUGUUGAGGCUUUCUUUGCUACUGGCAAGGAGCGGUUCAGGAAGAGCAAGAAUAAGGAUGCGGGUGAGGAGGACGGUGGUGAUGAUUGAAUGAAAUGAUCAGCGCACGACUGGAUUAGGGGAUCUGAAUUGGGUGUGACUAGAAACUUCUGGUUUAUUGAUGCUCUGUGCUACGAAAGGAAAGUCUUUUCUUCUUUUUUUCCUUCGCUUGCAUCUGGAUUCGUUCGCUCACUACGCGACAUCAUUACCGUUGAUCACAGUUUCCAGUUGAGAGCUACACAUGUGGCAUUGUCGUGGGCAAUAUGAGAGACUGGUUUUCUAGUGCAUAUACAACAUAUGUAAACUAAUUCGAGCUAUCUUUAUAACCAGCUUUGACAUAACU